AUGCAGCCAUUGUUAGUCACUGAGGGGAACAUCCUAUGUGCUGAAUAUGUGAUUAAAAUUUGUUGCUACAGCUUGCAGCCAACAGAAGGAACAACAAUUGAGAAACAAGCAUCAUCUGGUCCCAUCAAGGAUAUGGAAGACAUUUUCAGUGACGUAUUCCAGUAUGACUGUGGCAUUGAGAGCACCAAGCAAAGUGUUGAUCCUUCAAGUGGACUGGCACUAGCAGAUUCAACUGAUGUAGUUGCUCAUUUCGUUGAUGCUGUAGGGAAACAUCCAGUUGAGAGAGAUGUAAUCACACGGCAAUUUUAUGAGCAAGACACCUUCAUCCAGCUGCAGUCAAGGUUUUGGAUAGAGCUGAACCUUAACCUUAAGAGUUACCAGGAAGUAGGCAGCAAAGAUGCUACGAACAUAGAAGGCAUUCUAACCAUAAUAUUAAUUGUGGUUUCAGCAGUGCUUGGAACAAUGGUAAUAGUGCUGUUCGUGGCAUUCUUCCUCCGAACAAAAACAUUGAAACGUCGCUUAGAGGCUCUCCAAGAAUUAAAAUUUGGAUCCCAAAAUUCUGGCUUGAAUCGUGUUGGAGUUGCUGUACCUAAUACCAACAAACAUGCAGUAGAAGGGUCAAAUCCUAUGUGGAGAACAGAAGCAGUUAUUGAUUAUGACAAUGUCAGCCAAAGUAGUGGUGAUUCUGAUAUGAUUGGCAUAGAAGACAAUCCUGAGUUUCAGCCCAGUAAGAACAAAUCACAGUUCCUUGAUGGUCCACAGCCAAGAAAACUUACUGGGAUUCUCAACAAAGAAUUCACUUUUCAUCCAGAUGACUCUGAUGACAAAUUAAAAACUGAAAGUCAGUACCUAAGCCCUGAUUCUUUAGGUGAAGGACAACAACCAAGAAGAAUUACUGAAACACUUAAUAACAAUUUUAUUUUGCAAUACGACAAUGACGCUAAUGAUCUUAAUCAGAAAACUCAAAGUGUAAAUCCUCUUGCCAAUGGAAAUCUGACAAACACAGAUAAUUAUGAAGGAAAUGACAAUUUUAGUUUCAAGCCAACAGAGUCUGUACCUGUUACACAGUUGUAGUAAGGCUGCCUCAGGCACUGUCUCAGGGCAGUACUUAUAUCUUAAGAGUUAUGAUCUUCACUUCAUUUCUUAACUCUAAAUGAUAGUGUGAGAAAUAUGUACUGCAACUUACUUCAUUUAGAGUACAGCUGAGCACUUAAGCUGUUAAGAUUAAUUACAUUUUUUUCUGUGUAUUCAUGUUUACCUUUAAAUGUCUGUGAUUUUCCUUGGAAGUUGUGAAUUUGCAUGAGACUGACAUUGCAGGUAUCUUGUUGUACUCUUUUUUAUAAUCAAAAGAAAUGUAUUAUAUUAUUAGUGGAGUGUUAAGAUAAAUAUUUUAGUUACAAAGCUAAACUUC